AUGUUGUUCUAUUUGCAAAGUACAGACCCAAACGAAUACGGGACAGUAAAGCUACAAACAAACUUAGGUCUACAGAAUGAGGCGCUUGCAUUCAGAAUGGUUGACUUCAAUACUAUCGCUUCAUUCGUUAUAACAGAUGAAACAGAUUUCAUGGAGCUUGAAAUAGAUGGAAAGAAGCACGAAAUAAGAUUUCACAAUAAUGUAGAAUAUAAGAUGGAAACAUUAGCUGGAGUGUUAAAUGCUCUCAUAAGUACUACAAUAAACAAGGAUAACGGAGAAAACUUAAUGAAUGUUAAACUUAUUGCAGGAGUUUUGAAGUUCAGUUAUGCGAAAGAGUUUAAGAUACCAAGAAUGAGUCAUAGAGUACAACUUCUUUUGGCAUACCAUAUGACAUUUCCUUUGAAAAGUGUUGACAAAACGAUUGAGAUGAAAUCUGUUCCAUACGUAUGUUAUGGUAAUUGUUUGUACAUUGAGUCUAAAAUAGCUAAUGUCACAGGCAUUUCAGGAGUUAAUAGUAAAGGUUCAGUAGAAUAUAAAUCCUUCUGUUAUGCAGUCAAUUCAAUGUUCAUUCCAAACGUUCCUGUCAUAGCAACUCAUUUAGGUAAAUGGGUUCGCAUUAGUCUCAUAAUUUGA